AUUAGGGUUAUCGCUAUCGCCAGUUCUCCGUCGUUGCUUCCACACUCUCUUUACAGAAAAAAGAAAAAAAGAAAAAAGGAAAACAAAAAAAAUAAAGAAAACGAAAACAGCAAACGGCCGUUUCACUUUCCAACUCGGGAAAACUAUAACCUUCCCGUCGCCGUUUCAUCUCCGUCAAAUCUCAGUCACCGGUUUGCCCUUCUUUUGAUUUGCUCGGACCAGUUACAUGGAGUUAGAUGAAACUCGACAGAUGCUUCCACCGCCACCUGGGAGUUUCAUUGAUCGUGAAGAACUUAUUCAGCAUGUUGGGGAGUUUGCCAUCUCUCAGGGCUAUGUUGUUACCAUUAAACAGUCUAAGAAGGAAAAAGUUGUAGUCCUUGGUUGUGAUAGAGGAGGUGUUUAUCGGGAUAGGCGUAAGACUGUUGAUGAGGCGUCUGGUGAACAUCUGCGCAAAAGGAAAUCUGGUUCUCGACUUACAAACUGUCCAUUUGAGCUUGUGGGUAAGAAGGAGGAUGGCUUGUGGGUACUUACUGUUAAGAAUGGUUCACACAAUCAUGAACCCAUGAAGGACAUGUCUGAACAUCCUUCUGCACGUCGCUUCAAUGAGAAAGAAGUUAUGCUAAUUAAAGAAAUGACAGAAGCAGGUUUAAAGCCACGCCAGAUACUUAAAAGACUUAGACAAACAAACCCCGAGCUCUUAUCUACACCAAAACAUGUUUAUAAUGUGAAAGCCAAGCUCCGUCAAGGAAAUCUUACAGUGAGGAGAUUGAAGACGUUGCGAUCUCCUACAGCUGCUGAUGGGAACUCUGACCCUUCAACAUCUUUUGAGCCAUCAUGGAAGAAACGGUACCCCCCGAGGGUCCCAAAUCUCAUUGGUGGCAGAUUUAUUGAUUCACAAUCAUCAACAUUUAUCGAUGUGUUAAACCCUGCAACACAGCAAGUGGUUGCACAAGUUCCUUUGUCUACGGGUGAGGAACUUAAGGCUGCAGUAUUUGCAGCAAAAAGAGCGUUUAUGCCAUGGCGAAAUACCCCAGUUACAACUCGUCAACGCAUUAUGUUCAAGCUUCAAGAGCUUAUUCGCCGGGAUACUGAUAAGCUUGCCAGCAAUAUAACAGCAGAGCAGGGUAAGACAUUGAAGGAUGCAUUUAAUGAUAUCUCCCGUGGGAUUGAGCUUGUUGAACAUGCUUGUGGGAUGGCAAAUUUGCAUAUGGGGGACUUCUUUUCGAAUAUAUCAAAUGGAAUUGAUACUUAUAGCAUCCGUGAGCCCCUUGGUGUUUGCGCUGGGAUAUGCUCUUUCAAUUUUCCAGCCAUGAUUCCAUUAUUGAUGUUUCCAAUUGCUGUUACAUGUGGCAAUACCUUUAUACUAAAACCAUCUGAGAAAACACCAGGGGCUUGUGUGCAUCUUGCCGAGUUAGCAAUGGAGGCUGGGUUGCCGAAUGGUGUCCUAAAUAUUAUUCAUGGAACCAAUGACAUCAUUGAUGCCAUCUGUGAUGAUGACGAAAUCAAAGCUGUGUCCUAUAUAGGCUCAGAUGCACCUGGGAUGUAUGUUCAUGCAAGGGCAUCUGCUAACAGUAAGCGUGUUCAGAUCAAUGUUGGUGCCAAGAGUCAUGCUGUUGUCAUGCCAGAUGCAAAUAUUGAUGCUACUUUAAAUGCUUUGAUAUCUGCUGGCUUUGGCUCUGCAGUACAGAGGUUUACAGCUAUCAGCAGUAUUAUUUUUGUCGGGGGGUCAAAGUCUUGGGAAGAUAAGCUAGUAGAGCGUGCCAUGUCACUCAAAGUAGAUGCUGGAACUGAACCUGGUGCAGACAUUGGUCCUGUGAUCAGUAAGCAGGUUAAAGAACGGAUUUCCAGGGUGAUCCAAACAUUUGUUGAUAAUGGUGCAAGAUUAGUUCUUGAUGGGAGAAAGAUUAUGGUUCCCAAAUACGAGCUGGGAAACUUUGUUGGGCCCACAAUCUUAACUAACAUCACGGAAGACAUGGAUUGUUACAAGGAAGAAAUAUUGGGUCCAGUUCUUCUUUGCAUGCAGGCUGGAAGCUUAGAUGAGGCAAUAAGCAUUGUUAACAGAAACAAACAUGGAAAUGGAGCUUCAAUUUUUACAUCCUCUUGUGCUGCUGCAAGGAAAUUUCAGAUUGAGGUCGAGUCUGGACAGGUCGGUGUAAAUGUGGCUAUUCCAGCCCCAUUGCCUGUGUUCUCAUUUACUGGCUCCAAAGCUUCGUUUACCGGAGAUAUCAACUUUUACGGUAAAGCUGGACUUCAAUUUUACACCCAGAUAAAAACCGUGACUCAGCAGUGGAAGGACUUCUCGAACAGUGGGAUGUCUUUGUCUGUGUUAAACACAGAUGAUGCACCUAGUAACAGUGGAGAACCCCAUACAUUGCAAUCCCUCGACUUCCCAGGUAACGAUGUAUCGUUGGGUUUGCAUUUGAGGGAUUUCUCAAACGGUGAAGGGGUAACUCUACCACUGCAUCAUGAUCUUCCUAGUCAUGAAGGGGUAUCUCUGCCGUUGCAUUCAAAGGAUUUUCCAAGUAGCGAUGCGGAAUCUCUUGUAGAACAAUCACGGGACAUGCCAAAUAGCCAUGGAAUAUCUCCAUCAAUUCCCGCAUUGGAUGGAUCCCAGUGGACUCUACACUUUUAGUUGUUUACCUCUCUCUCCCUCUCUCCUCAAUGUGGUAAUAUUUGAAUCUUGUUAGUAUUGGGUACAAGAAUUCAAUGUGUUUGAUCAUUUCAGAUUUAGGCUGAAGAAAGAGUUGGAAGGAGUGAGCAGCAGCUUAGACUUACAGAAAUUGUUAUGUUGUGUGUAUUUAAUCAGCCAUACUCAGCUGCACGCAUUGAGGCUUGAGCAACAGUUGUAAUAUGUCCCAUACAGAUACAGUUGCCCUCUCAUACAUAGUAUACUAUACCCCCUUUAUCUGCACUUA